CUGUGAACCGGAUCGUUCUCGAUCGACACAUCACUUACCUCCGCUGCUUCACAUAAACUAGCCACGGGGUUAAGAAAUCCGAUCGGAGUGGUACACAUUUAGGGGUCUAUCUUUAUGGUGUAGAAGAACUAGAGCAUUGUCGUCUCUUAAGCUGUGAUUUAAUGUAUCAAAUCAUGUUUUUGUGAUGUCGUUUAACGCUCAGACUGGGACACACUUACCAACCCCUUUAGUUAGCAGCUAGCUCGAGCUAGCUGCCCAUUCGGUUAUGUAGUUACGACAACUUUCUUUCAUUGCUGCCACAAAAGUUCUCAACUUUAACUCUUACUUUAUUAAAAAUCACGCUUUGAGAAGACUGUUGGAUAUAAACCGGUUUGGAGGAUGCUGGCGACAGGAGCAGCUGUAACUAACGUCACAGCUCUGGCACAGGUAGACCGAGAGAAGAUCUAUCAAUGGAUCAACGAGUUGUCCAGUCCGGAGACCAGGGAGAAUGCCUUGCUGGAGCUCAGCAAGAAACGCGAGUCUGUGCCGGACCUUGCACCGAUGCUCUGGCACUCCUGUGGCACUAUUGCUGCCCUGCUGCAGGAAAUAGUGAACAUCUAUCCGUCUAUAAACCCACCCACGCUUACAGCUCACCAGUCUAACAGAGUGUGCAAUGCCCUGGCACUCCUGCAGUGUGUUGCCUCACACCCAGAGACACGGUCUGCUUUUCUUGCUGCUCACAUCCCUCUGUUCCUUUACCCUUUUCUACACACUGUGAGCAAAACACGGCCAUUUGAGUACCUGCGACUGACCAGCCUUGGAGUCAUAGGUGCUCUGGUGAAAACAGAUGAACAAGAAGUGAUUAACUUCCUUCUCACCACUGAAAUCAUCCCACUGUGUCUCCGCAUCAUGGAAUCUGGGAGCGAGCUCUCCAAGACGGUUGCGACUUUCAUCCUGCAGAAGAUCCUGUUGGAUGACACUGGCCUGGCAUAUAUAUGCCAGACAUAUGAACGUUUCUCCCACGUGGCCAUGAUCCUUGGUAAGAUGGUGCUUCAGCUUUCAAAGGAACCGUCAGCUCGUCUGUUGAAGCAUGUCGUCCGCUGCUACCUUCGGCUGUCAGAUAAUCUCAGGGCCAGAGAAGCCCUGCGUCAGUGUCUGCCCGACCAGCUGAAAGACAGCACCUUCGCCCAGGUGCUGAAGGACGACACCACCACAAAGCGCUGGCUGGCACAACUAGUCAAAAACCUGCAGGAGGGUCAGGUCACUGACGCUCGAGGGAUCCCGCUGGCUCCACAGUGAAGGGGACAAAGUGUGUGUUUAGAGCUGACACAGAAGGACUCGUUACCGUGGUUCAGAUUUUGAACUCUGCCAAAUGUGGUGCUAGGACUGCCAGCUAUGUGAAGGACAUAACAGUGGAAUGUGUUCUUCUGCAGUUUGAUAGAUGGGUCAAUUAACACCAAUUUAUACAUCAGGACAGAAUCACAACUCAAAUCUGUUUUCAGAGCCAGACUGAUAAAUGAUAGAUCUGCAGUAUUGACACUUUGUUUGCCAAAUUCUCCUUACAUUUUUAGGCAAAAUAUUUCAUCACCAAACUCUAAAAGUAAUAUCUGAUUUGAAAAAGGCUUAAACGUAUGAAUUAUAUUGAGACUACCAAAAAUAAUUUCCUUUUAUUAGGAGAAAAAAUGUCCUUCAAAAGUGCAGACUGCAAAGUAUGCUUCUUCCUGGAUGUCUUUGAACAUCUAAAUACUGAUAUAUCAAUGAUUAGCCAGCUCUGGUUGUUUAUAUAUUAGCACUUUCAUAACAUAGGUCGGCUCUGUAUUCCCAUUUAUCUCUGAACCUUUCUGUAACAUUCCACUUGAAAUCAGCAGCUGAUAGUUUUUGCUUCUUAUGUUUCAAACAUGACUUUUGAAUCUUCAUUACGACUGUGUUGUGUCUCUUUUUUUUCAUAGCCUCUAUAACUGAUGUCACAGUUCAUGCAGCACUUCAGAAUCAGAGGGGAUGUGUUUCUGUGUUGUUGGAUGUUUUUACUGGCGUUGCAUUUUGAGGCCAAGUAAAAUCUCAGAAGUUGCUUUUGUUUUAGAUAUUUCAUAAAUAAACAGUUUUCCAUCAAA